UUGGAGGGGGUCCUGGACCCGUCCCUACGUUGUGACCCCACACACACACUCCUGUGGCCCCCCAGGAAAGAUGGAGGUGAUGUGGAUCGAAUGCAGCUCGUGCAACGUCACCCUUUACGUCUGCAGCCGGACGGUGCAUUGCGGGGAGCGGCGUCUGUGGGUGGAGGAGGGGAAGGAGCUGCGUCUGGACUGCGGCCUGGCCUGGCACGAGCUGGCCCACGGCACCAAGAGCUACUGGUUCUACCGGCUGCGGGGCCACACGGAGGGUCCCCCCCAGCCCGAGGAGCAGCUCCAGGCCGAGAGCUCCGAGCCGGUGCUGGUGCAGAAGGGGGUGACGGCAGCGGCGGGGGGACGGUACCGCUGCGAGAUGCGGGACGCGCGGGGGGACGUCGCCUCCGAGCUCUUCUUUGACGUCGUGGCCCUCACCCCGCUCUGUGUCCUUUCCCCCCGCUCCUGCCUGCAGUGA